AUGAACAACCUCCUGCUAAUUGGUCUCCUCCUCGCGCCGUCCAUCUACUGCGGCCAGAAUGAAAAAGACCCUCGAGAGAACUGCUCCGAUGCCAUUGCAGUCGCCAGAGCUUUAUAUGCUGUCGGUUGGAAAGUCGCCAAUGUGAAUAACUUGAGAUACGUGGAAAGCCUGGAGCCAGCCAUUUACAAGGAGCUCUCCAAAACCGGCGGAUGUGAGAUUCCAGCGGAUGUCACCAUUGGCAAUUAUCGAAUCGCCGGAGCUUCGUACGAGGGGAAUUUUCUAAAUCCAGUAUUGUUGCAACCGGGAAGUACAGUGAUGGCUUGUGUUCAAUCGAUUUGUAUGAAGGAUGGAGAAAAAGUUACAACAUAUAUUAUGGAUACUUCUGUUGAUGCUCCUAUCCAUGGUAAAAUUGGAAGUCAAUGCCCACCCGGCAGAAACAAUGGAAUUGUUCUUUCGUUGUGUGAUAUUGUGGAGACUGAUCCUGUGAAGGUUGAUCCUGUUGGAAAUGGCCGUCGUGGAUACGUUCGCAAAGACAUCAAUGUCAAUAUCCCAACAAAUAUCCUCGACGCAGAAAUUAAAAUCCCUAACAUCCUUGGUUGA